GGCCAUCAAAGACGGAGCGAAUAAUUCACGUCUCUUUCAACACCGGCACACAUGUCUUCAAAGAAACCAUUGAGAUGCUUGUUUCGAUAACCACCAGCUACUUGCAUCGCCCAAGACAUUGAACAAUGCACUUUAACUUUUGCCUUGACUCUGGGAGCUAACAGAUCAAAUAUAACCUACCAACAGGAACUCAGUUCACUUUGAUAUCUCGCACUCAAAGAGAACAGAAGGACAAAGCAUACGCCAAUAUGAGUCCUGAUGAAUUUGAUAUCCAACCCACAGAGACUGGUAUAUAAGAAUCAUGAAGAAUCAUUCUUCUCAGGCCUCAGAAUUCCAUACAUCAAGCAUCCCUGACAACUCCCAAUACAAUACACCUUCUGAGCCUCCUGUCAACCACCCUACUAGCCGCCCGCCAGCUUGCAAGAUGCACAAAGUCUGGUCUCAGUAUCGCGACAGCCAUUUCAGGGGCAACAGACGCCGGCGUAGCACCCCUAACCCCCCGACCAAACCAAGGUUUCAACCCUAUCACCCGGAAUACUUUGACAACACAUGGGAGGUUGAAGCUAUACGACUGACCCUCACUUCCCCUGGCACUCCAUUCCACUCAAGAACUGACUGCGGACUCCAUGCAUCUCUUUAUAUUCGAAUUGAAGGCCAUUUUUCGGUCCGGGUAAGCAUGACCCAGUGUGAGCAAAACCACCCCAGGGGCAAGCUCUUGAUCCAAUAUUGCACUAUUCUACCGCCGCUUGAUUCGCAUAGGACCAUCGACAUUCCAGUUGUACGAGAGUGCAGCAUUCACAACAUCACGGAUAUCAUUCGCCACGAUCAUCGUGAAUAUGACUUCCUACCUACUGGUAGGGGCUGUUGGUCUUGGGUUCUCGGCGUUAUUUAUGACUUGGAGAGCAGGGGACUCUUGCCUUCUUCACCCUCCUCAUAUGCGAUGGCUGAGAAUUUCUUGCAGCCCAGGCACACAGCACUUGGAACCCUUCUACCUGAUCAAAACAUCCAGGGCUGAA